UUUGUUUGUUUUGGUGAUCUGGCAACGUUGAUAUGUUGCAUGGAAAUGUCGGCCCUCGCAUUUUGAUAUUUCAAAUAAUAGAUUCAUCAAUAUGUCGGGCCGGCGGAAGGACAUGUGGAAAUUGUUGUACAAUUUGGUGAAUCGCAACCAAAGCAAUUUAUCCGCUGUAUACAAUGUUGUUGAUGACAUUCUCUGUCAGGAUCCAAGUCUCAUCAGCUGCUCAUCUGUGAACGAAUUAAAAAGCGAAUUCCAGGAUGCUUUUCUGCUGUGGCUACUAAACAAACUGUCUGUUUGUUUGAGCGACUGUACGGAUGAGGGACAGUGUCUGAAAAAUGUGCAGCUACAGCAGAAGCUUUUGUUAUCCUGCUGGUGCAACCAUCCGAAACUCUACGGGCGUCUCGUAGAGGCCUACAGGGAGGCGCUACAGCAGCUCUAUGACAAGAUGAGCGCCUUCGACUACACUAAUCCCGACAAGAACUGCAAAGAAUUGCGCACUUUGCAUUUGCACAUCUUUCGCUGCGACUCCAGUGUGCUGCAGGAGUUCGAUGAUCAAUGUGCAUUCCAAGUGAUUACACUGCAGCUGGACAAAUCGGAUGCAUAUGCCAAGUAUCUGCUGCUAGUUCUACAACAGGCACAUCAUAUCGGCCAUGCCACGCACAGCGAUCAGUUCGCCGAGAGUCUUCAUCAGGCUUUGCUCACUCUCAAAGAGUGCAACAUGGACACCAAGCUGACAUGUCUAAGCUACUGUCAUUCUGUGCUCCAAGCACAUACCACAACCAGUUGGUCGAACAGCGCAGCUGUGGCUCACUAUGCAGCCCUCACGCUGCGAGCUCUGGCUCUAAUGUGGUCCCUAAUCAGUCGCUGGAAAGACAAGUGCAUGACGCAGGCGCAGCUGGAGCGGCUAGUCACGCACACCGAGCAGCUACUACUAGUGUUUACAAGGCAAAAGAUGUCGAAUCCUGAUUGCCUUGAGUUGUGUUGCCAACUUUUGCAUGAGGUGCUGUCUCAACCGGCCAGCGAUUGGCGUUGCCAUCUGCUCCAGGUUCUGUGCGACUAUCUGCGAGAGCAGCUGAAGGAGGCGAGCUCAAUGCUGCCUGCCAACACUUGCCAGCUUCUGUUGCGUCAGUGGCGUGGCAAUCCUGGACCUCUACUGUCCUUACUCGCUGCAGUUGCUGCCAAGCAGCCCGCAAUUAGAGAUAAAAUCUCGUUGAUGCUCAGCCAGAGUCUGGCUCGACUGUUGGCGAAGCCUACGCCCGAGAAGCUGCCCGAACUGUUGGCUGUGCUGCGUGGGCUCAAGCAUAUGGAGCGGCUGCUGCUGAUGGCCAAUCAGCAGGAGCUCGUGGCUGCCAGUGAUGAGGCACUUAACGCUGAGCUGCUCGCCCAACUGCCGCAGCAUCACGAGGUCGCGCUGCACACCGAUGCCAACAGCAAUUGGAAUGUACUGAGUGCCCAGCUCUUGGAGGAUUCUCUGUGCGUGGCCUGUCCGGAGUUCAUGGAGAUCUGCGCUCUGCUGCUGCACUGCACCUGCCUGCGUCUGCAAUUGAAGCCACAUACACAGCAGCAGCUUCUGGGCGUGCUGCAGCGCGCUCUGCAGUCAUCGGAGCAGGAGAAGAAAACUCAGGCCUUGCUUGCUUUGGCCACGCUCCGCCUGGAGAUCCCAUCUAGUGCUCACACCCAGCUGCAGAGCUUCUUUGCACAGAAGUGUCUGGCGAUGCUUAACGCCGAGCAGGCGGACAUUGUGCAGCUCCUCUGCGAGCAUCUGCCUCAGCUGUAUGUGGCAGGCUACAUCAAAUCCGGUCACCUGCAGCAAAUGUUGCCCAAGCUGAAGCCCACCGAGGACGGCAACACGCUGGCCGCUGUGCUGCGUCUGUUGCUGUGCACCCAACAGCCAGAGACGGCGCAUGUCUUCAAGGCAGAGAAUCGGAAGAUCAUACUAUGCUGCUCCAAGUGCGAGGAGCUGCCUGCCACAUUGCCUGGUUUAUAUUUGGGCAUGUGCAAGCCGAGCACUGCAGUUGCCAAGUCCUUCAGUAGCUCCACCUUGAAUGCAUUUGUAGAUGCUAUGCUGUUCAAGUCAAAAUGCACUUACAUUGCCCAUCACUUGGAUUUGAUCAACCUGGAACCCUCGGUCUGUCUGAGCUUGCUUAGGAAUGCGCCCGAUUUGCAGGCACUCAACGAGCGCAGUUUCGAACGCCUUGUGCCCGUGCUAGCUGCUCAAUCCCCGGACUUCAUGCAGCAGCUCGCAAGCCUUGUGCUCGACUGGAUUUUGGACAUGUUAGCGAAGCCUCUGGAGGCGCAGAGCGAGGUCCAGCAGCGAAAAUUGUUGCGUCUGAUCGUGUGCGCAGCUCAUCCGGAGAUCGAUGAGCUCUGGCUCUUCCACUGGUUCAAGAUGACCUUCUUUUUCCUAGUGCACACGCGUUCGCUGGUCGCCCAGGAAGCUGUGCUCGCCGCGUGCCAACUGUGCGCACGCCACGACCUGCAGCCGCUCACGCUGUGGAACUGGUACAAACGAGAUGCGCUCGGCUUAGUCGUUCAGCUGGCACUGCAGGCCUAUUUGACGCAGGGAGUACGCUUCACCCACUCCCUGCGAGCGCUGACCAGAAUGCUGGGCUACUCCUGCGUGCAGGAGUUCACCUGCAAGUACCACCGCCUGCUGACCACCCUGAUACUGCCCUACUGUAUUAAGGAGCCGCGCUGCAAGGGCGUCUUUGUGCUCAUUGCCAAACAAGUCCAUAAGCCAAUUGCUGCACUCUUCUCGACGUCCUUUUUGCGUCUCUAUGCUCACGUCCAUCUCAGCGAGCCGCCAGAGCUGGCAAAUCGUUGCAUCGAGCUGGUGGCCAGCUGCACGCAAUCCACCUUGCAGGAACUGAUGAAUGCGGAUGUAAAGCAAACUGUAGCCGAGCUGCUAAUCUACUUCAAUCGAAAUCCAACCUUUGUGAUGCGUUCCUUUCAAAGUCUGCUGCAACUGAGCGGAGGCAGCGAGAGUCUGUCCACGCAGGCAACCAAUGCCCAAUUCUCCACGUUCAUUGCGGAGCGCAUACUCGGCGUCAUCACCUAUUUCGAAAGCUGUCUGUCUGAGGCGUCGUUCGAGAAGAGCCUGAAGGAGGAGACACUCUACAGUCUGGGACAGAUUCUUCGCUUUGUCGGCCCUCAACAUGUGACUCAAUUUCGCUUUAAGAUCAUCGCCAUGUUGAGUUUUGUGCACACGCUGCAAGAGCCAAAUCUGCAGCGUAUUUGCUUGAAGAUUUGGCACAUAUUUCUUCAUGUGGUGAACAUACAGGAGCUGGGUCCUUCGCUUGGUCGCAUUGUCGCCACGCUGCAGCCGCUGCUCGCCUACAGCGUGGAGCAGGUCAAUGAGCUCUACGAAUUUGUCAUUCUACGCAACGCUUCCAUGCUGGGCAGCUAUAUACAAGAUUUAUAUUUUCUGGAGCGCCUGGAACAUGUAUCGACGCCUAUAAGAGAGUGCAUUAAGCGUCACACGGCGCAGCUGUGCCUUGACGGCCCUGUGGCGGAUGAGGACGAGGCUCCGCUGCUGGAUCAGCUGCGCUUUCUACAUAAGCAAAUCACUAACGAGUGCCUGCAGGUACGCGUCUAUGGACUAGAGCAUCUGGCCGAGCUGUUCGGUCGCCGUCGUGCCCAACUGAAUCAUAUGAUACUGCACAAACUGCCCAUGGAACCGCUCAUGGAGCAGAUUGUCAAUAUCCUGAUGUCUGGCAGCCAGCACGACGAUCGCUCGCUGCAGCUGGCCUCUGCCAAGUGCCUGGGCGAAUUGGGAGCUAUCGAUGCAAGCUAUUUGCCCUCCAACUACAACUACGCCAGCUCGCAGCAGCUACCGCUGAGCGUCCUAACGGAUGACUUCACCGUGCUGGCUCUGACGGCGCUCUGUCGCGGCUAUCAGUUCCAGCAGAAGACGAAGCACGUGGACAGCUUCUCGCUGGCCAUACAGGAAACACUCGCCGUCUGCGGCAUUGCGCCCAAGGAGCAGAAGAAGCUGCAGCUGUGGCAGUCGCUGCCGGUGCGUAUGCGCGAGAUCAUGGAACCCUUGCUCAACUCCUGCUACACCUGCUCGCAACGGCCCAACACGCUGACACAGCAUCCGCUCUUUGGCAGUCAUUACACGCAUAACUCCUACGAGCUGUGGGCAUUCCUCUGGGCCUCGCGCCUCAUUGACUACGUGCAGUCGUCGGAUACGCGUCACUUGCUCAGCUCCUACAAGCCCUGCAUUCGACGCGACUCGAACAUGCUGAGCACCUUCUAUCCCUAUAUCCUGCUACACGCAUUGCUCGAGUGCAAUGCGGAGCAGCGUAUCCGCAUCGAGGAGGAGUUCCAGACGGUGCUGCAGGCGAAUGAAGAGCUUUCCAAGCAAGUGGCGACACCAGCAAAAACUGCCUUCGAUCCAACUGCAACAAACCGCAAUGCUGGCGGCUACAAGCUCUUCGAGUCGAUGAAAUAUAGAGCCUCCACUAAAACGACUAAUGAUGAUCCCCUGGCUGGCUCCAGUGCUGAGGAUCAGUCCCGAUUGGCCGGCAAACUGUGUGCCGAGCUGCUGGACUUCCUUCAGCGCUGGCUGCGCGAAUGGCAGCGCCAACACGGCCUGAGCAUGGCCGGCAAGCCGCCCCAGGACGUGGACGCCAACUACGGUGCCAUCUACGGGUUCGUGCAGCGCAUCGACAAGCUGCGUGUGGCACGGGCCAGCUAUAACUGCGGAGAGUAUGCGCGGGCUCUGCGCUACCUGGAGGCCUAUAUAGAUGGCGACAAGACUGCACGUUUGCUGGAGCAGUUCACGUUUCUCGUCGAGCUCUAUGGGCGGCUGAUGGACGCCGAUUCGGUGGAGGGUGCGGUGCAGACGCGCAGCUGCGACAUGAGCGUCACCCAGGAGAUUCUAGUGAAUCGUUUGGUGGAACGCCAGCAGGAUAUGAUCACAUGCUAUGAGCAACUGCUGUCCAGCACGGAGCAACUGCAGCCGGAGCACAUACGCGCCAUUAUCGAUGCCUACUUGCGCAUGGACACGCCCAAGACGGCGCUGCUUAUUGCCGACGGUCUCUCCCAACGUCUGGCGGAUCAGCACACGGAACAGUAUUUCAGCGAGUGCAAGGCAGAGCUGCUCUGGCGCCUGGGCAGUUACGAUGAGCUCGAGGAGCUGCAGGUCCAACGGCAGCAGCAGAGCCGCUGCAAGCCCAACUGGCACGCUCAGUGCGCCCAGGCAUGCCUCGCCCUAAGGCAGCCGAUGACCACCAAAGUGGAGUUCGAUUCGCUGCUGGAGUCCAUGCGCUGCUCGGUGCUGGAUCAGCUGCGCAGCUGCUCCGCCCUGCAGCAGCACUCGUAUGCACAUGCCUAUGACGAUGUACUGAAGCUGCAUAUGCUGCACGAGCUGCAGUGCAGCCAUCAGCUGGUCGAGCAGCUGUCGGCGCUGCAGCAGGAGCAGACGGAGCAGCAACAGACGGAAUUGAUGCGCAACUACUUUGCCGAUUGGCAGUCUCGACUGCAGAUACUGCAGCCGCAGCUGCGCGUGCUGGAGCCCAUCUACAGCUUUCGACGCAAUCUGCUCGCCGAGCUCAAGCGCCGGCUGGGCGAUUGCGCGCCGCUGCAGGCACAGCUCCGGACACAGCUGGCCCAGCUCUGGCUGAACAGCGCCCAAAUCAAUCGUAAUGCGGGCCAGCUGCAGCGCGCGCAUCUCUAUCUAAUGAAGGCGGCGGAGUAUAAGCCGAGCCGCCUCUUCCUGGAGCGCGCCAAGCUGCUGUGGCAGAAGGGUGAUCAGGUGCAGGCCAUGAAUUUCCUCGAGGAGCAGCUGUCGGCGAUUGUCCAGCAAUGCGAGGGAAACGUCAAGCAGCUCAGCGGCGAGCAGCGUCAGCUCUACUUCGAGGGAAAGUAUCUGCAGGCCACGUACAAUGCGGACUCGAUGAAUCUGUGCGCCGACGCCAUACUCAAGUACUUCCAGGAGGCCAUCGCUGUGCACCACAAAUCGGAGCGCUGCUUCGUCCAGCUGGCCCAGUUUCUGGAGAAGAUGCGUGAGGCGCGAGCCGCCGGCACGGCCAAUACGCAGACGCGCGAGGAUGAGGAGCUGCUGCUGCAGAUUAUGGUCAACUAUGCGAAAUCGUUGCGCUAUGGCAGCGACCAUGUCUACCAGUCCAUGCCGCGCCUGAUCAGCCUCUGGCUGGACACAGCGGCCACAGCCUCGGCCGCAGCCAGCACGAGCCAUGCGGAGCUGGUGCGCAAAAUGAAUGAUCUGCUCAGCAACUGCUGCACGGCGCUGUCCACGGGCAUGUUCUAUACGGCGUAUUCGCAAAUGCUGAGCCGCCUCUGCCAUCCCUCGGCCGAGGUGUUUGCCGUGCUGCGCACUGUGAUCAUCAUGCUGAUCCGGGAGUAUCCGCAGCAGUCGCUUUGGAUGCUGUUGCCCCACUUCAAGUCCGCCGCAGUGAAUCGCGUGAAGCGCUGCAAUUCGAUUCUCACCGAUGAGCGGCUGCAGAAUGCCGAAUUUCAGCGCUUACUGAGCGACUUCAACACUUUGACGGAUCGUUUGAUUUGCGUGACCAACAAGGAGGUCACCCUCGAUCGCAGCUACAAGCUGAGCGACCUGGACAAGCGACUGCCGCAGCUGUGCGGCCAGGCGAACUUCUCCAACAUAAUGCUGCCCUUCGAAAAGUAUAUGCAGCCGACAUUCAACAUAUCCUCGGCGCAGGAUACUACGCCCUCGCCCAGUCCGGGUGCCAACAAGCUUUCGACGAGCAAUUGGUUCCCCUAUAGGCAUAUCUAUAUAACUGGCUUCCAGGAGAAGGUGCUCGUGCUGCGCUCAGCGGCACGACCCAAAAAGCUGACCAUACGCUGCAGCGAUGGGCAGGAUUAUGACAUCAUGGUUAAGCCCAAGGACGACUUGCGCAAGGAUGCACGUCUCAUGGAGUUCAAUGGGCUGAUGAAGCGCUAUCUGCAUCAGGAUGCGAGUGCCCGCCAGCGGCGUCUGCACAUACGCACCUAUGCCGUGCUGCCGUUCAAUGAGGAGUGCGGCCUUCUCGAGUGGCUGCCGAAUCUGAAUUCGUAUCGCAGCAUUUGCAUCGCCUUGUACAUGCAGCGGGGUCAGGUGAUGAGCGGCCGCCAGCUGCAGCAGCUGGCCUUGCCGCAAACGGAGUCAAUAGAGCGUAAGCGUGCCGUGUUCCUUAACCAGCUGCUUCCCGCCCAUCCGCCUGUUUUCCAGGAGUGGCUGCUGCAGCGCUUUACCACGCCCCACGGCUGGUAUGAGGCACGCAACUCGUAUAUACGCACCGUGGCCGUCAUGUCAAUGGUGGGCUACAUCCUGGGCCUGGGCGAUCGCCAUGGUGAGAAUAUACUCUUCGACGAGCGCAAUGGCGAUGCGGUGCACGUGGACUUCAACUGCUUGUUCAAUCAGGGCGAGGCGUUUGCCUAUCCCGAGGUGGUUCCCUUCCGCCUCACCCACAACAUGAUCACGGCCAUGGGUCCCUUGGGCGUGGAGGGCAGCUUCCGCAAGUGCUGUGAGAUAACGCUGCGACUGCUAAAGCAGGAGACCAAAACGCUUAUGUCCAUGCUGCGGCCGUUCGUCUACGAUUUGGGUGUCCAGAGCCGUCUUACGGCCUCGACCAGCAACCGGAACAAACACGGCGCCGAGGUGACCGAUCCGAAGGUCACGAACGAUGUGCAGCGCAUUGCGGAACGUCUGCAGGGACAUGUCAAGCGGCAGCAGGCAAACAGCAUUCCCUUGUCCACAGAGGGUCAGGUUAACUUCUUGAUUAAUGAGGCAACUAAAGUGGAUAAUCUCGCUGCCAUGUACAUAGGCUGGGGCGCUUUUCUAUAGUGCCUUGCGCUAAUUUUGAUGUGAAUUUUUCAUUUUGAAUAUUUUUGUACCACAUGUUUGUAUAUGCAAAUGUUGAAAUUGUUAAUAAUAACACU